UUUAUUUUAUUUAUUUAUUUGGUUGCAUUAGUUUUUAUAAACGAAUAAAUGAAUUUUUUAAGAGCUGUUUUUAAAAGCAUCAAACCUAUUUUGAAGAGAUAUUAUGACAAGUUCAGCUAUUUUGAUUAAACUUUUGUAAGGGAUUUCAAAAGGAAAAGAGAAAGAUAAAUUAUUUAUUGCAAUGAUUCAACAUUACUUUAGGUUUUCAAAAAAUUGAAGGAAAAAUUCUAAGUAGGAUUAGAUGAAGAUUGGUUUAUUCGAAGAUAUUAAAACUUGAAAAGAUUUAAAAAAGAGAAAAAAAACUCAAAAGAUAAAUUCAAUGAAUAUAACUAUAGAUUUAUAAAGGAGUGCAAUUAAAAUUAGUGUAAUGAGCAGAUAUUGCAGUUCAUCAGUUUUGAUGAAUUAGAAAAAAAUAGCAUUUCAUAUGAUAAUUAUUUGUAAAAAUGCAAGAUUAUUCUGAUACUUAUAUAGAAACAAGAAAGUGAAAGCAGCAGUAAUUGGAGCUAAGCUAUUAUUAAAUACAUUAAACAUCUCUAGAAGCUUAAUAUAUAAAUUCAAUUUUCUUUUUAUGCCUAUUCUGACUCUUAAAUAGAUUAAUGGAUUUUAGGAAACAUUUAUUAAGUGUUUGAAUUUAAUUUUUUUGUCUUUUUAGAAGACUAAAAAUCAAUUUGUAUCAGAAAAAACCAUAUUAUGAAAAUUAUAUAACAUGAGCAGAACUUUUCUAAAAUAAUCAAUUUCUGUCUUAAUACUCCAGUUAAAUAGCUAAAGAUCUGUACUUAAGAAAACUUCUAACUCGAUUCCUAGAAGGUGUCUUUGAUAAUUCAGCAUAACUAAUAGAUACAAAAGGUCAUUUGUAACAAGUAAAAGCUAUCAAAAAAGGUGUUUAGAGAAAUGAAAAUUAUCCAUCUAUAGCCUAUUUUUUUUCAUCUGUUAAUAUCUGAAUAUAUGAUAAAUAAUCCAAAAUAAGUUUUGUGGGAUUUAUACUUAGAAUGA